CCUCUUUUUCUCUUUCUAAAUAUUCUUAUCCCCCUUCUUCCCCCAUCCGCCACAUAUUUCGUCACCCGCGUUUCGCUUUUGGAGCUCUCCUAUUCUUGCGUAAGGCUUCGGCUUCAGACUCCGCUCCGUGGUCGCGUGUCUAGUUCAUUCCGUCAUUCCUCAUGAGUCCAGUCAUCCGCUACAACUUCGCCUCCGAUUACUUCACUGUCCACCUUGACUCGUGAGCGGGACGGAGUUUCAGUCCAUCAGACGCCAUGGCGAUAUGGCCAUUUGGUCGGAAGAGCAAGCGGCACACGAUCCAGCUCGAUGCUCCUGCGGUGUCGGAGGUUCCGCCGCAGGACCCUCGCCACAGCUUCGAUGGCAGCAAGCUAGACAGCAAGCCCUCUCGCAAAUCCUCGAAACGUCAGAAGAACCGACACAUUACGCCCACUGAAGAUUUUCCGAGCUCUCUGCACGAUGUCCCUCCAGCUAUGUCCCACAGCGAGCAACCGGCUUCAAUAAGAGGAACCCGGCAACUGUCCUCCCGGCUUGGUCAACAGCAGUCCGAUGGCUACACUUCUCACUCCAACACAAGCUAUGACCAGCCUACCUUAACUCGAUCUGGAUCGCUCCUAAAGUCGAAAAGAAGCGUGAGCGGACCAGCAGUCCUGAAGAAGAAACUUAGCAAGCGUAAGGCAUACGAGAUUGCCAGGGAACGGGAGAUCAGAUUGAUGGCUUCCGCGCCGAUUGACAUUCCUCGUCGCCCAUCCCCGCUCCCUAGUGAGCACUUCUCUGUCGAAACCCGCAAAGGCCUCGGGGCUCCAAGUCGUCGUUCAGACCGCCACUUGUCUGACGUCAGUUUGUCCGUCCGUGACUCAACUGAGUCGUCGUUAUCCGACAUCUUUGAGUUCUACACGUUCAAGGUCAACACUUUCGCAGCUUGGACUCCCCGCCCGAUCAUUCGUUAUGUGGAAGCUCCCAAGCCUUCCACUGCGAAAAGCCAGAAGUCGCCUGAGACAGUGAGCAAGAAAGACAAGGUGCCACCAUUUGCUGCGUCUGACGAAAAUGCUCAUUCGAAUAAGAAGGUAAACGACCUGGCUGAUGCUCUGGACGCUGGUGCUCUUCGGGAGUUGUUGGAAAGAGAUCGCCGGCGCAGGGAGAGGAAGCAGGCCGAGGAUCAAGAGAAAUUGCAACGCAAGUUGCACCAAGCCGCUGACCAACAACGGCAGCACCCGUUGGACCAGGCUGCCGAUCUCCCCACACCGAAGCAUCAGCCUGAAAUGGAAGAGGCAUCUACGACCCAAAGAGGCCGGCCUGGUGCUGGUAGUCGGGCUACACCGGUUUCUUUCGAUGAGGGUGUCACUAGAUCUGGAGACACCAAGACUUCCCUGGGUGGUACCCCCCCGUCAGGGUCAUGGCUGAGAGGAGUCUCCAAAGAUUCUGAGCGACAAGGCUGCGAAACUCCAGAGCGUGCUAAUGUCAUUGGCAAUAUUGACGAUAGCUCUAUCCGUGGACGUAAGGUUGUCCCGCGGCGUAGCUUCGCUCCGUCCACAGAGAUGGGAAUGUCUCGCAGCAGCCUGACUCCCUCUCAUUCACCGUCGAGGCGCGGGGUCUACAGUCCAACUUCUUCGCACCUGUAUGGUCUCGGUCGAGAAUCAACAUCGGAUGUCUCAAGGACAAUCGACUCUGACCGGCGUCUGUCGGACAAUAGCAGUGGUCGUGUGAACACUUUGACCUCAAUCUUUCGCCGUGGGAGCUCACGCCUCAAGAGAAGCUACCGAGAACGUUUCCAUGAAAGGAGCCCUGAGCCGUCGAACCCGUCGCAUGAAUCCUUUUUUAAAGUCCAGACACAGUCCUCGUCCGGUCCGGCGCCGUACGUGCCGCCCAAGGCAUUCCUUGGCACGGGCACGAUCAAGCGCUCCCAAUCGAAAUUCACGGAACAUUUCGGUGACGAACCUCUAUCACCACCUGACUCACGUCUCCAGUCCCCUGAUAUACCAGAAGUGGCUGAUGAGUUUGAGAGGGACGAUGACAACUCUGAUGUUAACAUGGUUACUCAGUACCCUAUUCCAAGCUCUGCCUCCGAUGUCCCGGAUUCUCGCAACAACCAUCACGACUCGUGGGGAGGCGAAAGCUGGGAUGGCAACCCGGAUAACGUUCCACUAUCUCAGUCUCUAGCGUCGAUCGAUUCCGAGGGGUCGUGGAUGUCAGGGCAAUUUCUUCGUCGCAUAUCUCAGAAGAAAACUAGUAACCCCCUUCGGACUAGUCUCAGUUCAUCAAGGAACAAGCUCGAGGAAGGCCACGAGGACUCCCUCAAAGGUGACGAAGUAUCACUCAAUGAACCCUUCGUGAGAUUUGGAGCUGAGCAAGAUGAGCCUUCGCGGGUCGGACAUGGUGCAGGUGCUCAGCGAGAUAGUACCAUGACCGUUGACCAUACACAAGACCCAGCAGAGGAAACAUGGCAUGCUCAAGUUGCGAGGCGUCCUGUGCUGGUGAAUCCGGCAGUCCGUCCCAAGUCAAACGAGGGCCUGCUCAAAACCAUUCUAUCUGCCGAUGAGGAGUUCAGCCCCAUUGAAGAACACUCCGCUGAAUUUGAGUUCGACACAAACGAAGAAUACGAUAUAGGGCGCGCCCUCUGAGUGUGUGAUUUGUAUUGCGUACGAGCGACAUGCGUUCACCCGACCCCUUUGACCAAUGGGUCACAUUUUGACGGCCUUUCCCCCUCUCAUGAGACAAAGAAGCACCUAAUUCGCGUCGCUCCAGUCUCUAUUUAUCUAAUUUCAUGUAAUAAUUCCCUUCUCCCCUGCUGACCCUAGUCACUCCUUUGGUUCUUCUUUCCUUUGUCGCUCCCUUGACUUCUCUUCUGCGAUUCCCUCCUCACAUAUUGAUGGAAUUU